AGCAGCAGCAGUGUCAUCUCGUCAUCCAUCGAAAGUGAAACUCGUUACCGGAGCAGGACGGGAACUGAUUCCUUGCGUCUUUUUUGUAGUAACCACGUUACACCGGGAUGUGAUGUGCUCUGAUUUCGUAACUUCAUUCAACUCUCAUCGCGUGCCACCACUACUGCCGACCUCGGUCUCUCUCGCUCUCUCCCAUUACCCCAUUUCGGUCGCACUGGUUGGAUUUGGCCGUCGCUGCUCCAGCUACUGCUGCUGCUGCUGGACAUCAACAACCACGCGACACCUCGUCAUCCCUCCUUCCACACUUGCAUGUGGAGCGUUCAGCAGAGCUCAUCGAAGAAGACGGCUGCCGCGGCGACGACUUCAACAGAUCAGAAAGAAGCGACAGUCCAAAGAAGCGGGCCCAAAAAUUUUAAUGGGUACUUACCUCGCGUGCCAUCGACGACAACCGUCAGUCGUGUAUUGAUUUUCUCGCCGUGCAGACGUGUGUACGACGACGCUCUCCGGUACGACGGUUGCAGCGUUUCCGUGAUUAUCUCCACAACAAAACACAGCAGUGAAAGUGAGUGAUCGACGCACCUGAAACCACCGCAAUCAGAGUAGGCGACAAAUGUUACACCUCUAACAAAUUGAACAAAGCAACCACAACCACAAACCAAAGUAGGCACGGCCAAAGUUCCUCACGCGCGAAACACGGAAACGGAACAGCAGCGGAGCAGUUGACCUGCUCCAUCGUCGUUCGACCGUCCAGUUCCGUAGUAAUUUCGGUAGCAGUAGUUCCAGCAACUUCUCGCCAAAUCCGUUGAAUACGUGUGAUAAGUUUAAGUGCAAAAAAAUAGAAAAAAAAAACACCGACAGUUAUGGAUUAAUACACAAAAACACAAAAGUUCUCCAAGAAAGUUACGCAACGCGGAACGUCCGGGACGUAUUGUUCAGUGAAGUCGUAGUGAUUGGAAGCAAGAGUUGCAAGGCAACUGCAGAACCAGAACAAGCAGGGGAAGGAAGUGUGUGGUGAACAGUUUUUCGGCGGAAGCACGCGCAAAAACGACCAUUGAGAAGCUGAUUUUCCACGGCGGUCCAUCGAGGCAGGCGAUGGCACUGUCGCUGCUUCAGGAAGCGCAAACAGCUCAAGGAUUAGCCGCCGUCCGCAAUAGCCUUCAGGGAAUGAAACGUGAAGAGGAGCGUAGCAUGUCCGUGUCGCCCCCGUUGACCGGUCAGCACCAUCCGCAGCACCACCUGAACAUGAACGUGAAUCACAGCCCUACCAUAUUCGGUGGCUACCCUCCAUCGUCGCCGGCACUGGGAAUGCUGGCACCCCAACUCCUGGCAGCUAAUCAAACGGCCGCCGCUCUCAUGGCUGCUGGACUUCCAAUGUCCUUGCGAGCGCAUCUAGCGUCCGGACUGUUUCCCCCACAUCCGGCGCUAUUCGGAGCGUGGGCACCACCCACCCCUAACAGUAACAACAGCAGUCCACCUCCGCCGCAGAGCCCCAUUUCACCGGCCUUGAGCCACAAGAGUUCAAAGUCCCUCAAACUCACCAACAACAAUCACAUCGUAUCGACGACCUCGGAGAUUCUACCUCAACAGAAGAAGCUGGCCAAACGGAAACAGCUCUCCGUCAAACCGGACGCGGCACUACUGCAAUCUCCAGGUCACACCAUGCCCGUGGACAUUCCAGACAUGGUCAGUCCUGGACCCAUCUCACCUCCUACCUCAGGCUCCUCGCCACAGUCUAACGGCAGCGUCGACCUCCCGCAAACCAUCACUACCUCCACCAGAGAUCCCACGCGGGACAAGGUCUUCACCUGCAAGAUCUGCAACCGCUCAUUCGGCUACAAGCACGUCCUCCAGAACCACGAACGAACCCACACCGGCGAGAAGCCCUUCGAAUGCCCGGAAUGCCACAAGCGAUUCACCCGGGACCACCACCUCAAGACCCACAUGCGGCUUCACACCGGUGAGAAGCCCUACUCCUGCACGCACUGCGACCGGCAGUUCGUCCAGGUCGCCAACCUGCGGCGGCACCUCCGAGUGCACACCGGCGAGAAACCCUACGAGUGCGAGAUGUGCCAGCAGAAGUUCAGCGAUUCCAACCAACUCAAAGCCCACAUGCUCAGCCACAACGGCGAGCGCCCGUUCCACUGUGAUAAAUGCAACGCCAGCUACCGCCGGAAGCACCAUUGGUACCAUCACAAGUGCAACGUCACCACAAGCCCGCCAACGCCCGCCAUCAGCCCUACCAUGUCCCACUGUGACCAAAAAUCCGGCUGCUCGGAAACCUCCGACCUCUCCAUGGAACUCAAGUCCUCGGUACUCCUCCACCAAAAAUACUCCAGCAUCGGUCUCUCCCUGGACUUCAACCCCGCCGAAUCCCGCCACAGUCAUCCCGCCGGUGGAGCCAUCGACCUCCGUUCCAUCCGGUCCGCCCCCGUUCAAAUCACCCACAUCAAAUCCAACCUCCCGGAGCAAACCGAGCCGGAAGACCUCAGCAUGCACUCGCCCCGAUCGCCCGUCACCAUGGAAGAACUCGAAGAGCUCGACGACGCCGCCUCCCUGUACCUGAAACAGCGCCAACACAAGCUGGCGCUGGCAGCAGCCGCCGCCGCUGCCGUCGCCAGCCAACGUCACGGUAUGGAAUCCUAAAUGACCACCCCUACCUAUAAGAAAAAUCCCACCCCUACCUUGAAAGAAAAAUCAAAUUUGUUGUUGACAACCGAUACCAAAUAAUCAAAUCAUGCCAAGAAAAAGACGAAAUCUAUAUCUCGAUAAAGUAUAACAAAGUAGUCUAGUGUAAGUGAGCAGAGCCAUCUACCUAUAUAUAUGAAAACACACAUGAAACUAUUUAAAACAAACAUGACCCAACUCACCCAUCGCCAUCUUGUCUCGACGUCCGCAGCUGUCAAAAGCCCGUGUAAAUAAACAAUCAAAAACCGAAUGUAAAUACAAUCAAACCGGACAAGAUGGCCCCCACCGCCGCUGCGGUGUGUACAAAACCAAACGGGUUCCACGGCAUCCACAUUCAGGGAAAAUACGUUUAGAGAAAAACAAACAAUGGCUGUUCAUCAAGAGAAAACAAUCCGCGAAACAAACAAAAAAAACGGAAAACAAAUCAAAUCUUUAGUUCAGACGACUUGAUCCUCCUAGGUUUUCAAGAGCGAGUACACGUAGUAAUCGGUAUACAAGUUCCUCCUCCAAUAGUGACACUGAAAAAACUAAUCUUACCAAAUCAGUGUGAAAAUAUCCCCAUAGGAAUCCCCCACGAGAAAACACCCGGCGAAACUGGAUUUAACUAUUUAACACCAUGGUGAACUAGUGCAGUGCGGUUGACAGUGGAAUUUGUUACGAUGCUUGUCAAAACAGACGCUGAACGCUGUUUGUUUGAGCGCCGCCGCCAUCUGGCGGUCGAUUAUCUAAUCAUUACUUUUAGUGACUUUUUUUUUUGUUUCUAUGUGUAAGUGAAAGCGCUAUUAUUGAAAUGUACACACGGUUGCCAUUGGUUUUUUUAUCUCGACUAUUAUUAUUAUUUUGCUAAGACGGAAUGGAAGCGAACAAUCAAAAUUCGAUGUGUAAGGUUUUAGGUUCACUAUUUUUUAUUAUAUUAUUGAAUUAUAGGUAUUUUUUAAGCAAGCGCGUGCGGUUUCUCGUCCAGAGUAUAAAUUGUGUAUAUUGGUAUUUUAUGAUUUGUGUUUAGGUGAAUGAUGGAAAAAAGUUAUCGGAAAAUAAAAUAUUUAAAUUUAUUAUCACUGUGAAAUGGUUGAUU